CUCCAACAAACUACCACAGUCGCUUUAAAUCCCUUAACAAGCACUGACAGGAGCAAAAUUGUUAAGGCAAGUACCUGUGCUUUUGCCGCCUGGGUCUAUGACGUUUUGGAGAAAAAAAAGUCGGAAACACAUCGACGGUGCGUAAAAAUUACCUUUUAUUUCAUGUUUUCCGCCGCAAAAUAAGUGUCGCAGCCGUAAUGGAGGAAGCGAAGCUGGCCAGCCUGCUAAACAGCAUACAAAAGACGCGCGAUAAAAGUGUAAUCUAUCGUAAUUUGGUCGCCAUCCGGACGAACUUUGUGACGAACGACGGUGGGAUCAGGUUGCUAUCAUCGCAAGAUGGCAUCAAAGUGUUGGUCGAUUUGCUGAAUAAACCGUACGAAAAGGUGAUCGAGGUGGUGCUUAGCAUACUGGGAAACUGCUGCACCAAGAAGGAAUGCUGCAAACAGGCGUUCGAAUGUGGCAUACUGAAACCGUUGAUUUCGAUCAUUUCCAACAUUCCCAAUCCAAGCAUCCAGUGUCGUGGGUGCCGGCUACUGGGUAAUCUGGCCCAACAUGAACCGAUCAGCUACAAGAUUGCGCGGGACAAUGACACUACGGCAUACGCACUCAGCAGCAUCCUCAACGAGUCGGACAACACGGCCGUGCUGGUGAUGGUGAUUCGCGCUAUACGACAGCUGUGGCAUGAAAAGCCCUUACGAUCCACCCUAAUGGAACAGGGUUGUAUUGGCAGGAUCGUUAACCUACUGAUACGGUUCGCACAGGUUGAAUCGGAAUCGGAUGUGCUCCUGUCCGCUAAUCAAUCGCCGGACAGUGCCCAGCACACCAAAGCAUCGUCCAUCGACAACCACGACGAGGAAAAGGUGGUACUGAAACACUGGCAUGCCCCGGACCGGAUGGUGACGAAGGAAAAGUUUAACAACAUCGUACGCAACAUGGAACACAGCCAGCUGUGUGAUAUCGUCGGGUAUCAGGUGAUUCAGAACUACCGCUGGAAGGAUCGGCUCGAUUUCCAGCUGCCGAAAUCAAACGAAACGGUGAAGCUGUUCGAAAGUGUGCUCAAGUGUUUGCAGAUGAUAACGACCACGGUCGUGCAGCAGGUGAUCGCCGAAGUCUACGGUGAAGCAGGCGCCGGUCUGCACUGUCUCGUGUAUCUUUGCGGGGAAAAAAGUCCGUUUCGUGCACUGUCGCUAAAGGUGGUAUCGAAUUUAGCCGCUAAUCCGGAUGCAAUCGACAGGCUUACGGAGUGUGGCGUUAUCAAAAUGGCAGCUGAUUUGAUCAUGUACGCCGACCUGGACGACUCGGAGAAACGAUACUGCAUUAAUAUGAUGUGUUUGCUUACGAAGGAGGCUUGCAACCGGGGUCACAUCCGACGCAGCGGCGCACUGCAAUCGUUCAUGAAGAUCGCCAAACAGUCGCACGAAAAGCGCGAACAGGCGAUGAUACUGUACGCGCUGUACCAGUACCGGUUCGAUAGUUUAAGCAACGAAAUUCUGCUUGCCAAUGGACUCGUAAGCUUUCUCGUGCGCAUCCUGAACGGCAUCAUAGCGGAGAAGGAGGUCGCCCACAUACGGCACGACGAGGAGGAACGAGAGCGGAACUCGCACACAAGCGUGUUUAGCAAGCGACGAUCGAACUACGCCAAGGCUGGCAAAUUGCGCCGUAGCGAUCUACUUUUCCAUUAUAAAUCGGGAAAUAAUGGGUACCAUCAGCAACAGCAGCAACAACAUCACAAGGCUGCCAAACAGUCGAAGCUGGAUCCGUACUGUUCGGCACCGGAAUCCCCCGAUAGUGGUAGCAGCGGGUAUGCAAGCACCAGCUACGGUACGGUCCGCAGUCCUUCGAUGAGUGUCGGAUCAAGCCCUCCGCGUGUACCGGAAGAUGAAGCGUUUGAGGACGAUACGGAAGUUUACUCACCUGUGUGCAGCGAUCACGAACAGGAGGACGAAACGGCGGUGUGUAAUGAUGGGACAAAUGGCGAUCAACAAAUAUCCGUGCUAGCCGUCGUUUGCCCUCCCAACGAAGCAAACCGAACCGAGGAAGAUGAGCAGGAAGAGCUGGAAACGGUAGACGCAGCGGAAGAAACGAAUGAUUUCGAUAUGGUAGCAUACCUCAUCGAGGACAGUUCGAAUGCAAAGUGGCUCGAUGCGGUAGAGGAAAAGGAUCUGCUCGAGGAGGACAGUUUAGGGCUGAAACCAUCCAAAGCGACCCACCCGGAAGAUUGCAUCGAUGAUAAUGAAAUGUUUAAAAUUGAGCUAGACAUUGCUACGGCUAAAACCUUCGAAAAGUACCCGAUGCAGCCGACAUUAACGUUGCUGUGGUCCGUUUCGAAGUCCUUUCCCGCGAUGGAGUUUGUACAGACGGACACGCUCGAGACGUUGCUCAAAAUAUGCAAACAAGCGAAGAAACCUCGUGGCCGAGCCUUCCAAACGUUGGCCAACAUUUUGAAGCACGUCAAUCAUUUCCUACCGCUGUUGAAGCAAGACUUUGUCUUUCGGCUGCACGAGAUGAAAAGUCCGUACCCGGCACACGGUGCCCGCUGCUGGAGCUGCGACGAAAUGCGAACGGCUUGUAAUGAUCUGAUGUCGCUGUUCGGUUCGGUGGGCGAGACAGGUUAUGGGCAGGGUGAAAUAGCGCACAUAUUGCGUACCGGCGAGCGAGAUCUAAAGCUACGCGUGUCGAUCAUAGUGCUGUUUGUCGUACGUGACACGCGACUGCUUCACAAGCUGCUCUUCGACAUGAAGGUGCUCGAGAUGGUAAUGGAUUUUAUACUGGACGAAGGCACCGAGCAGCAGCAGCAGCAACAACAGCGACUGAACGGCAUUGCCUGUUGCGCCAUUACACGAUUAUCACAGAACUUGGCCAUUUUCGGCGAGGAAGAAGAUACCGGCACACCGAGCGAGAAGCUAGAGGCGAAAGAAUUCGACAACACCGUCACGAUCUGUGACGAGUCCGCGCUGAGCGUGGACGAAAAAGUGAUGUUCCGCGUUCGGAGCGGUCCCACGGCACCACAGGAAACGGUGUUUGUAAGCAAAGCAUUACUGAUGGAAGGCAGCGAAGUGUUUCGCCGCAUGUUCGAGGGCGAUCAUUUCAUCGAGUCGAAAAACAACGAAGUGCACCUGCACGAACCGAUCACAGCGGAUGGUUUGCGGUACUUUUUCUACCUCGUUCGGCUGCAAACGUUAAACAAACUGACCGGCAUGGCACCACCGCCGAAGGUGAUCGAAGCGAGCCUGGAUGCGCUCAGUCUCGCGCAGAAGUAUCUGCUGCCGACGAUCGAGAAACCGGUAAUGAACAUCAUCAAAACGCUGCUGAACGAUGACUGUGUGCUGAACGUGUUCGAGUGGUCAUUGAAGAACUACAACCAAGAGCUGCUAGUCGCAUCGACGUACUACUUCCUCUACUCGGACAUUAGCGGGGCGGCCAAAUGGAAGCUUUACCGCGCGGCCAAUCGAUCGUGCUAUCGGGAUGAAUGGAGACGGUUACUUACCGAAACAAUCCUGUACCGCGUGCAACCAAAUGCGGAGCUUUAAACCUGCUGCCCCGUUUCGUUUCGGCACGUCCGUCUCUGCUUUGUACUGUGAUCAUUCGGCGAUGUUGCCGAGCUUCUGCCGACAAAAUGCGUGUAUGCGUGUAAAAGCUGGUUCGCUUUCGUUGUAAACCGUCGUCGUCGUUCGACGUUCGUUAAGUUUAUUGUUCACUUAGUGAUCACAGUUCGAACUGGUCAGCGCCCGUAAAGGGUUUCCAUGCUUAGUGAAACGUUUUUAGCAAAUGGCCACAUACUGCCACCCAGUAAUGAAUCGAUCACCCCGCCCAGGAUGACCUGACGUUCGCUUCAAAAUCGUUAACAUACCAGAUAGAUGGGAUGAAAAGCGAUCGCUAUGAUCGAGUAUGUGUUGACAACAUUCCGAUUUCCGGUAUUCCUCCCCCGCCCCCGGUACUGUAGUUUUUAUACCUUGAGUUUGUUUUGUAAUUUAAUUUUACGUUCAAGAUUUUGAAUUUACAUAACGAAAACAAAACACUGCCCUUCCGUUUUUGCGUCUUUAGUACACGAACAAAUAUUCAUCUAGCAUAUUUAUUUGUUAUCCUACAAACAGUCCUCGCACUUAAGUGAUGCCGCGCGUGUUGGUUAGUAAGAAUAGCAUCAUCGGGAUGAAUAUAUUUCCUUCCAAUCUCUCUUUGAAUGUUA